AUGCGGCGCCGGGUGAUCUGGGCUCCGGCCUGGGUCGCCGCCGCCGCGGCCGCCGGACAUCGGCCGUCGCUGCGCGGCGGCGCGCGGGGCCUCGAGGAGGACGCGUCCUGCGCUCUGGACUGCGUCGUCGGUUUCUGCGUGGCGCGCGACAGCCUCGGGGUGUGCGCCUACGACGUGUCCUGGCGCGAGAGCCCGUCGUUCCAGGGCGACCCCGUGACCCAGCUCAACGUCUACGUCGGCGACGCGGUGUCGUUCGCCGGCGACCAGGACCUCGUCGAGCUCCCGUCCGCGCCGAGCCUCGAGCACUGCGACUUCUCGCCGAGCGCGGAGCUCGCGAGCCGCGCGGACGUCCAGCAGGGCUUCGCGCACACCUUCGACGAGGCGGGGUCCUACUACCUCGCGAGCGCGCGGGGCUGCGACCGGGGCGCGACGCUCAAGGUCGUCGUCGCGCCGCGGAAGCCCGGGUGCCACCGCCACGACGACCACGACUGCCACUGCCACGACGAGGAGAAGCCCAUCCAGUGCGGCUCCGGCGGCGACGCGGCCUUCGCCCGCGAGCUCGCGGACGUCGACGCGCGCUGCGGCGACUACCUCGCGAGCUGCUCGAGCGGGUGCGCGGCCGCGUACCGCAAGGCGCACCAGCACCUCCUCGAGUGCCCGGACCGCGUCCCCCGCGGCGAGUACGCCGCCGUCGACGCCGCGGGCGCCUGCCACGACGCGGGCCGCGCGCCGGCCUACAGCGACGAGUGCGUCCUCCCCUACGAGAUCGCGGUGAAGGACGGCAACGCGGACAAGGCGGCCUACCAGGCCGCCGUCGACGGCGUCAAUUUGCUGAUUCUGGUGGCCAUGCUCUCCUUCGUCUGCGUCGUCUACGAGCUGGGCAUGGCGCGCUACUGGAUCAAGCGCGGCGACAUCAAGGCGGCCGACGCCGAGGACCCCGAACACGACGCGGACCUCGCCUUCGGCAUCAUCCCGCCCAAGGGCCUCCGCGCCGCCGUCUCCGAGUUCGUCUUCGGCCCGCCGCCCCGGGACGAGCGCCUGCCGACGCACGACGCGCCGCGCAAGGCCGGCGGCUACACGUCGCGCGCCGACGGCCGCGAGCCGAAACGCGCCGCGGCGGCGAACCGCGACCUCGGCGCCGGCGUCGAGAUGGCCUCGCUGGGGGCCGCGACGCGGGCCGCGUCGCGGCGGCGGCCGUCGGCCAUCUCCCCCGACAAGCGGUCCCUCGUGUCCGCCGCGCGGCGGCCGUCGGCCGCCGUGAAGCGGAACCUGAUCUCCACGGUCCACGUCGAGGUCGACGGCGCGCGGCUCGGCCUGUCGUUUCUCCCCGACGGCCGCGUCGACAGCGUCAUGCCCGGCGGCGAGACGGAGGCCAAGGGCAUGCGCCCGGGCGACCGCGUCGUGCUCGUCGGGUCCACGAGCGUCACGGACAAGGAGAGCGUCAUCGGCGCGAUCAAGGCCCACACGAAGCGGCCCAUGCACCUGUCGGUCCAGCGGCCGUUCGACCCGCAGGCCCUGGACUACGUCGAGGUCGAGUUCGACGGCCCGAAGCUCGGCAUCUCCUUCGGGCCCGACGGCCGCGUCGACAGCGUCAUGCCCGGCGGCGAGGCCAUGGCCAAGGGCAUCCACGUCGGCGACCGCUUCACCUGCGUCGGGCCGGACCCCGUCGGGGCGUCCAAGGACGCCGUACUCGAGGCGAUCUCGUCGCACGCGGACCGGCCGAUCUGCCUGACGAUGACGCGGCCCCACGACACGUCGAACGGGCUCUACUUCUACCCGAUCAACUUCAAGGGCCCCCGGCUAGGCCUGUCGUUCGCGGACGACGGGAAGAUCAACAGCGUCGAGCCCGGCGGCGAGGCCGAGGCCGAGGGCAUCGUCGUCGGGGACCGCAUCUCCUGCGUCAACGCGGAGCCGACGCCCCCGAGCAAGGAUGGCGUGACCAAGACGAUUCUAUCGCAGCCGGACCGGCCCGUGCGGCUCACGGUGUGCCGGCCGUGCGAUCCGGCCGACGGCAUCGAGUACCUGUGCGUGGACAUGACGGGCGACAAGCUCGGGCUCGCGUUCACGCCCAACGGAGAGAUCCGCGGCGUGCAGCCCGGAAGCGAAGCCGCGCAGAAGGGCAUCAAGGCGGGCGAUCGACUGACCUGCGCGGGCGCCAUCGCCGUGCGGGAGAGCGAGGAGAGCGUCAAGUACGCCAUGAAAAUGCACGCGCUGCGGCCGAUCCGCCUCACGCUCGCGCGGAAGUCGCUCUUCGCGCCGCGCACGCUCCCGCGGGCCAGUCUCCAGCCGGCUGCGGCGCGAAACGAGCGGGUCGAAGCGCCGACGUCCGCGAAGCGGGAGGGGAACCGCGUGGCCUUCGCUCCUCCACCCAAGGCCGUCUCCGGCGCGUCGCGGCGGCGGCCGUCGGCCAUCUCCGUGGACAAGCGAUCCCUCGUGUCCGCCGCGCGGCGGCCGUCGGCCGCGGUGAAGCGGAACCUCGUCUCCACGGUCCACGUCGAGGUCGACGGCGACAAGCUGGGCCUCGCCUUCCGCGACGACGGCGCCGUGGCGUCGGUCAUGCCCGGCGGCGAGACGGAGGCCAAGGGCAUGCGCCCGGGCGACCGCGUCGUGCUCGUCGGAUCCGUCGGCGUCACGGACAAGGAGAGCGUCAUCGCGGCGAUCAAGGCCCACACGAAGCGGCCCAUGCACCUGUCGGUCCAGCGGCCGUUCGACCCGCAGGCCCUGGACUACGUCGAGGUCGAGUUCGACGGCCCGAAGCUCGGCAUCUCCUUCGGGCCCGACGGCCGCGUCGACAGCGUCAUGCCGGGGGGCGAGGCCAUGGCCAAGGGCAUCCACGUCGGCGACCGCUUCACCUGCGUCGGGCCGGACCCCGUGGGCGCUUCGAAAGCGGCGGUGCUCGAGGCGAUCUCGUCGCACGCGGACCGGCCGAUCUGCCUGACGAUGACGCGGCCCCACGACACGUCGAACGGGCUCUACUUCUACCCGAUCAACUUCAAGGGCCCCCGGCUAGGCCUGUCGUUCGCGGACGACGGGAAGAUCAACAGCGUCGAGCCCGGCGGCGAGGCCGAGGCCGAGGGCAUCGUCGUCGGCGACCGCAUCUCCUGCGUCAACGCGGAGCCGACGCCCCCGACGAAAGCGGGCGUGACCAAAACGAUUUUAUCGCAGCCCGGCCGGCCCGUGCGACUCACGGUGUGCCGGCCGUGCGAUCCGGCGGAAGGCAUCGAGUACCUGUGCGUGGACAUGACGGGCGAGAAGCUCGGGCUCGCGUUCACGCCCGACGGGGCCAUCAAGGGCGUGCAGCCCGGGAGCGAAGCCGAGCAGAAGGGCAUCAAGGCGGGCGAUCGACUGACCUGCGCGGGGGCCAUCGCCGUGCGGGAGAGCGAGGAGAGCGUCAAGUACGCCUUCAAGAUGCACGCGCUGCGGCCGAUCCGCCUCACGCUCGCGCGCAAGGCGGCGACGCCGGCCAGGCCGGCGCCGGCGCCCGCGCCCGCGCCCGCGCCCGCGCCGGCGCUGACCCUGGAGCCCGAGUCGGAGCCCGAGCCCGAGCCCGAGCCCGAGCCCGUCGCCGCCGAGGAGCCCGUCGCCGCCGCGAAGCGCACGUCCGCGUCGAAGAUGUUCUCGAAGGUCGAGGAGCCGGUAUCCGACGAGGAGGAGCCCGAGCCCGUCGCCGCGGCCCCCGAGCCCGUCGCCGCGGCCCCCGAGCCCGUCGCCGCGGCUCCCGAGCCCGAGCCGGAGCCGGAGCCCGAGCCCGCCGCGGUCGAGGAGCUCCCCGGCAAGAGCCUGCUCGAGCGAGCGCGCGCGCACGCCGCCGCCGAGGAGGCCGCGUCCGCGCCGGAGGCCGCGGCGCCCGCGGGCGACGGCGAGCCGCCCGAGGAGGAGAUGGAGAUCGACAAGACGCCGCGGAAGGACGGCGACUUCGUCGUGUCCAUGGACUCGGAGGACGAGGACGUCGAGGACCCCGCGGCGCUGAUGACCGUGAGCGCGGCCCCGGCGGCGCCGGAGCCCGAGCCCGAGCUCGAGCCGCUCCCCUCGGGCUCCGUCGCGACGAUGAACAUCGUCAACCUGAAGAAAUACGCGCGCAUCAAGAAGAUCGACAUCUCGCACUGCGAGACGCGCAUGGACAUGAUCAAGGCCUGCGCGCCGGAGCUCUUCGGCUGA